CGUGCUUCCAUGUCCUCUCCUCCUCCUCCUCCUCCUCGCUGUGAUUCUACCUCUUGGUUCUCCUCAGCUGCGAGCCUUCUCCAAGAUGGCCAAGAGUCCAUGGAUAUCUUUCUUGAUGAGCUGCUGGGGGAAGAGUGUGAAGAGCUCUUCAGCGAGGCGCAGGGAGCUCCGAAGCAGCUCGAAUUCCGGCAUAAGCGACUCCUUCCGCGCACCGUUCUCCCCGGAGGACCUGUCGUUGACUCUGGCAGGAUCCAACCUGUUUGCGUUCACAAUUGCGGAGCUGAAAGCUGUCACCAGGAACUUCUCCAUGACGAACUUCGUUGGAUCGGGUGGAUUUGGCCCUGUCUACAAGGGAUACAUUGAUGAGAAGCUGCGGCCGGGGCUCAAGGCGCAGUAUGUGGCGGUGAAGUCCCUGGACUUGGAUGGAUCGCAGGGCCACAGAGAGUGGCUGGCGGAGGUCAUCUUCCUCGGGCAACUGCGGCACCCCAACCUCGUUAAACUCGUUGGAUACUGCUGUGAAGAUGAACACAGGAUGCUCGUCUACGAGUUUAUGCCUGGAGGAAGCUUGGAAAGCCAUAUUUUCAAGAGCCUUCUUGCCUCAUUGCCGUGGUCAACGAGGUUGAAGAUCGCAGUGGGCGCCGCCAAGGGGCUCGCCUUUCUUCACGAGGCUGAGAAGCCGGUGAUCUACCGCGAUUUCAAAGCAUCCAACAUACUGCUCGAAUCGGAUUACACGGCGAAGCUUUCUGACUUCGGGCUUGCCAAGGACGGACCUCAAGGAGACAACACGCAUGUCACCACGCGUGUGAUGGGCACGCAUGGCUAUGCGGCACCGGAGUACGUAUUGACCGGCCACCUUACAGCCAAAAGCGACGUCUACAGCUUCGGAGUCGUGUUGCUGGAGCUGCUGACAGGGAGACGAUGCGUCGAUAAGAACCGCCCCAACAGGCAAAAGAACCUCGUCGACUGGGCGCGACCUUACCUGAACAACGCCGACAAGCUAAGCCGCGUCAUGGAUCCCAGCCUUGACGGACUCUAUUCCACCAAGGGUGCUCAGAGGGCAGCCGCAAUCGCUCACAAAUGCCUGAGCCAGGCUCCAAAGUCGAGGCCUGACAUGAGGAGCGUCGUCGAGAGCUUGGAGCCACUCCUGAGCUUGAAUGACGUGCCCGUUGGUCCCUUCGUGUACGUUGCGCCAACGGAGAGAAUCAGUGAGAAGAAGGAGAAGUUGCAGGAGAUGGAGGAGAAGAAGAUGGAAAUGGAGACGGAAGAGAAGAACCAUCACAAUCGGGAUGAAAGACACAAACAAAGGUUCCCGAACUCGGUCAUUCAUUCUGAGAUCACCCUGCACAGGGAUGGCAACAACUUGUAUCGGAACUCCCACGUCCGGAGAACAGUGAGACAGAAUCAGGAACGGGGAGCAUAAACAACAACAGAUGUUAGAUUGCUUCACACUGUACAUAGAUUACAAUCGGAUACGACAUUUUGUUUAGUUGCAUCAUUUCUUCGGAUAAUGUCAGAUUUUAAGGAAGUUUUGACAUAGAAGAUGCCAUGUACAUUGGCUACACACUACGGAUGAGAAGACUAAUUAGCGAAAGGGGCCACCAGCGUGAAAAGUAGCUGAUCCUUCCGGUUUGUUGUGGUUGUAUCAUUUUGGAAAUAUAUUGUGCAAUAAAAAUAGAGUGAAGUUAAAAA